AAAUUGAACCGCAGAUAAGUAUGAACACAACCAUGGAAGAUGAACGCUUUUCUGUGGCAGAAAUGGAAGCUGUGUUGAGGAUGUACGAAGAAAUACAUGAAAAACUUAAAGGGAUAACGAUGGCCGGUGACUUUGAACAAAUUGAGUUAGUAUUGAUUUCUCAAGACGUAAUUAAACAGUAUUUGUUGGAAGAAAAAUCAAGACGGGAAGAACAGAAAUUACAACUUUUGGAUCAACUUGCUUUAUUGGAAAAGAAUCGUUUACAAAUGAUUGAUUCAACAGACAUAAAUGUUAUCAAAAAUAAAAUGACAAUUGACGAAUGUAAACAAAACUUAAACGAGGAAAAUAUAAGAAUAACUGAUACACAAAAUUCGUUAAAUCGACUGGGAAGUCUUCUUACUGAAGUAAAAAGUGGUGCAAUGCAACUCCAUAUUUUGUUAGAAAACAUUGAAUUUAAUCAAAUAACUAUUGACACUGAAAAUAUUCUAACAUUCCAAAAAUGUAUUGAUCAUUUCAAGAAUUUAUUAGAAGAUAUUAAAAACCAAGUUAAUCACUUGAAAAAAAGUAAACCGCAGAAAAUAUCUUAUGCUACUUUUCUGGAUCAUAUGCAAUCACUGAAUGCUAUUCAUAGAAGACGUAUCAAUUAUCCAAAAGACAAAGCAAUCCCAAUAAAAACACACCAAUCAUAUCACGAAAGUGAUGAGGAUGAAGAAGAAACUAUUCCCAGAUCAAUUAUUAAAGCAAAUGCUGAAGAAUUUGCUCAAAAUGAAUUUCAGAAACGACAUAAACUAUUUUUAAAAUAAAUGUUUAUUUGCUAAUUA